AUGGCAGAAGAAGUUGAAAUAUCCGUGCCGUUCCGCGGUAGAAACGCUGCCUAUCGAAAGCCGCCCAAGAAUUCCAACAAGCCAAAAUCGACAGUGUUCCUGAAUGGCUCCAGUGCAGCCAUGCUUCAAGCUUUCGAAUCCAUGGAUGAGAUGGGAAGAAACAAGCUGAUACAGAGCAUAGAGAAUCUGAGCUGGGCACAAACUUGGGACUUGACCAAACAGUUUGACAAACAGAGGAGAAAGAGAAUGCCCGUGCAACAGCCUCUAUUCGGCAUGGAAAACGAGAGUCACUCUUGCCCUGAGAUGCUUCCCGCAGCAAGGGACGGACCUGGGGUCGAUCGGAGCAGCAGUGUCUAUAAGUCGCUCGCAAAGCCCAGGACUGCCGAAGGGGUUGAAGAACCUGAGCCAUGGGCAACAGCUGACCCGCCCGACUUCAUUCCUGACGAUGAAUAUGAAAAACUCGAAAAGACGGUCAAGUGGUCAGACAAUGUGGAGUCUCGGACCCAGCGUGAUGCUCGACACAAGCUUCAAGCCAAGGCAUACGCAAAAUCUCGCCGUAUCUUCCCAGUCGUCCAAAAUAGCAUCCUCACAUUCACAUCGAAAUACAACGACGCUAUUUAUGAGCCUGAUUCUCUCCUUGAUGGCUGGACUUUGGACAUCCAAGAAGGGGAUGAUCAGUGGCACGAACUCAAACACAGAAUUUCUUCGUUUGAUCUUCCCAACGCGAGUGUCAGAAAGCAGUUUCGCAGCUGGUGGGAUCAGCUUCCGGCAGGACGCCAAGUUGACAUUUAUCAUGUUGCCUUCUUUGACGGAACCGCGAUGCCUGAUGGAGAGGGUUCCAUGUUUCUGCCUGGAAUCAAGCAUAUCCCCACCCCUAGGAACAUGAAAGACGAGCUGACACGACUUCAUUGGCACGAGACAUCAGAAGGCUACGUCUACAACCUUGGGAAGGUUAACAAAAGGCGACAGAAGAAGGAACAGGAACAACAAGAGCACCUGCGUCGCACCGCGGCUUACCGUGCUUGGCUAGAAUUACCACCGGAUUCAAAAGUUGUUCCACCCGGCAUCUAUCUGCGUCCGGCAGAAGAGUGUGAUGCUGCUUCUAUCCUUGAAAUCAUGAACUGGUAUGCAGAAAACUCAGCUUUGAGCAGUGAAACUCGAGCUACGGAGGUGGAUGACUUUGGGGAGCUUCUUCAAUCUUGCCGAGAGAACCACUUCCCCUUCAUCGUCGCUGCUCGACGUCCACCGGAACGCCUGUGUCUCAACCAAAUCGACCCUGUGGUUGGCUACGCCUAUGUCGAGUUCCAUCGGCACGGCAAGAGCGCUGACAACCACAUGGGUGAGCUGCACGUCUUCGUCCAAGAGGGCAGCAAGAAGCAGCACAUCGGACGGGCACUUGUCGAUAUGGUCCUCUCUUGUUUUGAUGUGGCCUCUGAACCAAGCACCGACUAUGAGUUCGACCAAACUGGGACAGUGCAGUACGGCGCGGGCUAUGGCUGCCCCCUUAGAACAAUGGUCUGCGCUGUCGCAACAUCCCCGGAGGCCCGGCAGGAACAUGUCUGGAUCGAGAAGUGGUUGGAGAGGGACUUUGGCUUCAAAGAACAGUGCGUAUUCGAGAAUGCGAGAGUGAAAAGUGGCAAGAGUUAUGACAUUCGAUACAUGGCUCGUCGAAUCGGGGCCCCACGUGCGAGCAAUGGGGUCAAGAACCGACUUCAGACUCAAGCCCAGCCCCAGGGGAGUAGUACCAAGUCUGCGAUACUCAACUACCUCUGA